AUGAAGAUGGAUUCUACGCACGCCAGUGCUGCCCUAGCAAUGAGUGUUGGGUUAGGGUUGGGAGUGGCCAUUGGAUGGCUACUUCGGGGACGGUUGGGCUCAAAUUUAAAAAAAAAAAUGGCUUCCAAAUUUAUUCAGGAGGAGGUAGAUUCUGCAAAUAAUUCAGGUGAAAUCAAAUUGGUUUUGGUUGUUCGUAAUGAUCUAAAGAUGAGCAAAGGCAAAGUGGCAGCCCAGUGUUCACAUGCUGCAGUGGCUGCUUGUGAAAAGUUAAUGAAUAAAAAUCCCAAACUGCUGCAAGCCUGGAAAUACUGUGGACAGCCAAAGGUUGUUGUCAAAACUGAAACUGAGGAAUCAAUAUUUCAAAUGUCUCGUGAAGCUGCCAAACUUGGGUUGAAUGCUAGCCUUAUUUCAGAUGCCGGUCGGACACAGAUUGCUCCAGGAUCAAAAACUGUACUUGGGGUUGGACCAGGUCCAUCUGAUUUGUUUGUUCAUGAUCUAUCUAUCUAUCUAUCUAUCUAUCUAUCUAUCUCAAUAUAA